UGCUUAACGACCGUCUCCAGGCAGCGGCGGCCGCCAUGCCGGGCGGGCGGCGGGACGUGCUGGGGGUGCGCAUCGCCCCGGCCCUGCUGCGCUUCGGGGCCGCGCUGCCGGGGCGCCGCUACCGCGCCGCGCUCAGCGUCCGCAACCUGCGCGCCGGGAGCUGCCGCCUCUGCCUGCUGCCGCCGCGCCGGCCCCAGUUUAAACUGAUUGUGGAAAAUCCAGAAAAACCUGUUGCACCUGGACUUCAAGUCAAAGCCGUUGUAGAAUAUUAUCCUGAGAGUGAGGAAGAUCUUGAAGAUAGACUACUUCUUUUAAUAGAAGAAGAUGUAGUUGAUAUCCCCCUGUUUGGGUAUGAAGCUCAAAAGUUCAUAUUUUGCUAUUAUUGUGGAAAGUUUGCUAACACCUGUCACAUACGGCUACAUAACUAAGCUAUCAACUGUAAUGAAAAUGAAUAGCAAGUUUCUUUACAAUUCUUUUUUUCCAUAACAGUGC